AGCCUGACCGUGGUGAGGUGUGGAGCAAGCGUGUCCUGGGGUGUAUAACUCAGUACUGUGGUACUUAACGUGGAGGUUGCUGUGGGAGGUGGACGGUACUGUGUGUGUGUGUGUCAGCGCUGUUGACACUAGCGGUCCUUCCCGUGGCGGUUGAGAAUAACAAAGUGUUCGUCUUACUACCUAAAAGAAAAAAACAGCUAACGUCAGUAACUAGAGCCUACAAAAUACUGUGAACGAAAAGUAUUGUGACCCGCAAACGACCCUUUGUGACCCGCAAACGACCAUUUGUGACCCGAAAACGACCCUUUGUGACCCGCGAACGACCGCCCUGUGAUCCCGAACACUCCGCGGUAAACCUCUAUAGUUCGCCUGGAAUGUGUUAAAUUCAACUUAAGCGAUUAAGUAGCAUAAUACUCAACACAAGAGUGAGUCUUCCUGCGUGUGGGGGGCCAGCAAUGAGGUGAGGGCGUCUCCUGCAGCGCCGUCAUGCCCAUCCCCAUGUUGAAGGCGCUCAGCCGCGAGCCUGGAGACCGCAGGAGCAUCGGUGUGGGCGUCGUCCACUCCCCCAGGAUCGGACCGGAGCCUCCGCCCUCAUCCCUCGUCAGGAAGAGCUGGCACGCAGGUUCUCAGUUGAAGAGCGGAGCAUCAGCGAGCAGCAGCCGCUCAACCUCGCCAGCCAAUGGCAGUAGCUCCUUCAUCCCGCAGCCAAGGAGCCAUGGCGGAAGAGCAUCUCUUAACGAGAAACAUUCAAAAACGAGUGGGACGUCCAACUUGGCGAGGUCGUCACUAAGAGGGCCAGCAGGCCAGCCAGCCCACACCACAACCACCGCUGCCACCACCAACAACCACGUCGGUCACACCUCGCCCUACCAUGCCCCGAACCCGGCCCCCAAACACAAGGACUCCAUGCUCGACAAGUUUAAGCUCUUCAAUCACAAAGAGAAAGACGCCAGGAACAAAACUACGAGUAAGAGUAGCAGCGGUGUGAGCAAGCGGACCAGUAGCAGCAGCGGGUUCAGCUCCGCCAGGUCUGAGAGGUCGGACUCGUCAACCAGUGUGUGCUCCGAUGCCAAGCCCCCGCCCCUGCCGCCACACCAGAGCCUGCCAGUGAGUACCAGCAGCAGCAGCAGCGACCAGACCAACAUCGAGGGCCAGCCCGUGAGCGCCCCGCCUGCAGCCAAACCUCAGGGACUUCGUGGUAUCAGGUCAAAGUUUUCCAAAUCUAGCGGGAAGGAGGGUAAGGAGUCGCCGAAGUCGUCGCGGAAAGAGAAGGAGAGGGAGGAGUCGCGAGGGUCACCGCGAGGUGGUCACAAGGCCCACCGCGACCCCCGCGCCGAGCGUGGCGAUAGUCGCGAGAGGGGCGGCAGCCGGGAGGAACGCGCGGGCAAGAAAAGCGAGAAGCUCACCUUGGAGCUGGAUGGCGGGUUCCGCUCACGGGCACAACACGUCCCACCCCAACCUGACCAGGUUAGAGAGUCGCGGGUUGCGGCGCAGGGCCCGCGACCUGAGACCACAGGUCAGAUUGCUGACCCCCAACAACCCCCAGCACUCCCACCUAAAGAGAACAUCCACAGGGACCACUCGGCCUUCAUGCAGUCAGACCCACAUAUGGCAGCCAUGCAGCAGCAACAACAUUAUCAACAGCAUCAUCAAAGUCAGCAACAGUCAAUAGAGCAUGGGCUAGCAUCUACACCAGGUAGCCCCUUACUCCCAGGUACUCCUGGCACCGGUAUCCCUAAGCCCACGGCACACGUGAAAGGCCAAACAAAAGCGGUGCCUCCAGAACGACCGGUUCCGGCUUCUCCCACGGCCUCGCCCAACGUAAACAUUCCCCAUCAAACGAAGGACUACAAUAAGAUGGUUCGUCACACGUCGGGCGGUGUUUCCGCGCCCAAAGUGGCGAGCGCAGGCGGUGGCGCCCCGCGGCCGGCGGUGGGCGCACCGGCAAACACAGACAGCAACGCUGCGCAAGAAUGCCGGGAUCCCAAGGGGUCCUUACCGCGCCAGAAGCAGCUGGGCCGACGAGAAGAUUGUGGGACGGGCAUCAGUGUUGCCCUAGUGAGCCCGAUGCCCAACCCCCGCGAGAAGGACCUAGUGACCCCGUCCGAGUCUGGCUCCAAUAUCAGUGAAUCUUCACAGAGCAACAGCGGCCACAGCAACUCGUCAGGCAACUCUUCUGUAAUAUAUAAACCUACAAGCUCCGAGGACGGCAGUGUCAGUGACUUCAAGACUCACAUCAGAAAGGUGGAAGAGAAGCAUGAAGGGGAAGAGGGAGACGAAGUGAUAUUGAACAUCAAGCCAAUGCAGCCUCUGGUGCGCGCCUCGCAGUAUGGCUACAUGAGAGGACUUGGCCUCCACCAGGCCCGCACUGUCCCGCCUUCCCUACAUGUCUCCAGGCUAGCGCUACAAGACAAUGCCAACACGGUGCCACAGAAGGGUAUGCGUCUCGGGCCUCAUCUCAAACGGCCGCCAGGAUCUAACCAAGUCAUUGACGCGGAUUAUAGCGACCUGGAGAGUGUUGAACUGGCGAACGGCUACAUGUCGGACGGAGACGUGCUGCGUAAUGUGGGCUACAAGUGUGGCAACUCGUCGGACCUGGACGGGUACCUGAGCGAGGGCGGCGCCUCCCUCUACGCCCACCGCCUCAACCAGCGCUUCAAGGAGGGCAUGCGGCAGGUGCAUGAAAGCAUGAACAAAGUGCAGCACUUCAUCCAGGACGACAGCAGAAGCAAUGGAACAGAAAACGAGCUGGAAGUCUCCUCAGUCUCUCCUUCCACCACUUCGUCAGAGCCUAGGCACUUUGACGAAGACGACUAUUUAGACGGAGACGUGAACGACAAAGAUGGAGAUGAAGUGGAGGAAGACAUAUUUAGCGACGAGAACAAGCUGCCAGUGACUCCUACAGAGAAGAGAGGCAGAAGGCGUUUCGACGACAGCAGCAGCCUGAGUUCCGGGGUGAGCGACACCUUGAACGAGAUGUCUGCCGAGGAUGCUCUCUCGUCUUCACUGUCCUCCGACCACCCUGCCUACAAGAGCCGUAGCAUGAAAGAAGUUGGCUUAAAGUUGCCAGUGGGACUUAGUGGGUCGUCGUCACGUAAAGUUGCGAUGGGAGUAGACCCAUCUGGUAUGUACAAAGUAGUGUCCAGCCGGGCUCAUGUCAAGAAGACGGAGAGCUCUCAACAGACAGACAACAGUGCCUUUAAACAAAUCUCAAACACACAGUGGAAAAAAUAUGUUGAAAAUGGGAAGGGCAGUCUUGAGCGUUCAACAAGAGAACUCCAGAGAGGAGUAGUAGACCCUUCCAGUGGAGGUUCCCGCAAAAUGGAUCACAAAAAAUCUAACUUAGGGUCACCACAAACUGGGGUCCCCAGUAGCCCUGGUUUAAAUGGCAGCUCAGGCAUGUCUAGUUCAGCUUCAUCGGGAUCUAAAAAAAUUGAGAAAGGAGUAAGUGGGGACAAGAGAAGAGAGGGAGACAGAAGCAGUCGGGACAGAAGUAAGGCAGCAAUGGCACCCCAAGUGAAUGGAGAUUCCAAGAAGCUUCAAAAUCCAAAGACUGCACCAAGUAACUUUGGCUACAAUGGCAAGAGAACAACCAGCACUGGUAGUGUAUCCAGCACAGGCAGCACCAAAGGUACCAAAACAAUGAAAGAAGUGGAUAGUGCAGGAAGCAGUUCCCACCACGAUAAUUCUAGUCAUAGCCUAGAGAGACCGAGGACAAAACUAAAAGUAUCAGGUGGAACACAGACAACUAGUGACUUGCAUUAUAUGUCAAGUGGUGUGCAUAGUGAUGGUGAAUAUUCUUCAGGAUCUCUUGGUCGAAAAUACCAGCUCAAAUCUUAUUCUCUUAAUGGUCCAGUAGCAGCCCAGUUAUCACAAAGUGUUAGAGAGAGAAUUAUGCAAUCCCCAUAUGGUAAAGUUCAUGUAGGUGAAUAUGGACAGUAUCCCUCCCCAUACUACAGGGAGAGAAGCCCUCGCAUUAAACCGACAGAUGGUUCACUGAGCGAUUCGCCUUACUCGAACUAUGCAGAGUUGCAAUACAGUGGUAGCCCUUACAGCAGCCCAUAUUCUUGGGUGUCCAGAAGCAACUAUGCUGGCUCAGUAGCAUCUGCUCCAACAAGACCAUUGGGUGGCAGUCUGACAGAAGCAGAGAGCAUGGAGAGUAUAAGCUCAAGCGCCUCGAGUAUAGCUGCACAAAUCCAGCACGCUCGGGCCACCAGUCUCACACAAGCCCGCCUCAUGAUGCACCAGCGGGAAAUGUCCUCCUCACCCUCCCCUAGACUCGCUCGCUCCAAUAGUGUUAGAUCCACAAAAUCUGAGAAGCUAUACAGUAGUAGUGUUAGUGGUCGUGAUGGGUACCAUGCAUCUCAACCCACAAGUCCAACACCCCCAGGAGGGGUAAGGCUGCCGAUAUCGCCCCUGAACACGGUUCGAGGUUCGCCGUACUACUCUACUGUCAUUCCUAGAACUUGCAAAGAUGAUGAAUGUCACGGUUCAUCGCUGUCACUCGUAUCAUCAUCAUCAUCACUGUACAGUUCUCAAGAAGAGAAGCAGGCAGCAGAAAUACGAAAAUUGCGAAAAGAUUUAGCCGAUGCACAAGAGAAAGUGGGAACGCUUACUAAUCAACUCACUACAAAUAGUUCAGUUUUCAACCUCAUGAAUACGGCUCAUGUCGUUGCUGCCUUUGAACAGUCUCUUACAAAUAUGACCAAUAGAUUACAACAGCUCACAGCUACUUCAGAGCAAAAGGACUCGGAGGUCAUGGAACUACGGAAAACUAUUGAAGCGCUUCGUCAACAGAGUUUAGAUGCUGGACUAACUGUAGCAUGCCUGCAAAGUACGUCCCCCGACUACCACCACCACCACCACCACCACCACCACCUCCACUCCACCCCUUCCCCUACCAGGCACCACCACCACCACCAUUCCCAGCACCCUCCCAACAUUGCCUCGUGUUCUGUGCUCAAUGUUACCACCGGAAGUCGUUCCAGUUCACCAGAAAAACAACCGGGUCAUGAUGUUGCACGCAGACACACUUUCACAGGGAAUUGUAAAGACCUUGUCGUGUGUGAAUUCAGUGAAGCUGGUGGCAAGCUAGUGCGAGGAACAUCGGUCGAGUCUGUGUCAAGUAUAUCGUCAGCUUGCUCUGCAACCUCACACACCUCAAAUCACGACAAAAGUGAUAGCUCAAAAUCUGGCAAAAAGAAGGGAUGGCUUCGGAGUUCAUUCAGCAAAGCAUUCUCCCGUGGACACAAAAAGAGCAAACAUGGUGCAUCGGGUGGCUCUGUAUCAGACAUGGAAGGAUGCGAAAGGGGUGAAUGUUCUGCUCCUUCAUCACCACAACUUCAGCGAGCAAAUGGAGGACCAAACGAUAUAGAGUGCCAGUCUCUCACUAGCUUGUGCAUGGAAAAGUGCAAAGAGGAAGAUGUAGAAAUAUUGAAGUGUCAGUUGCGUGAAAAGGACAUGGCUUUGACUGACAUCCGCCUUGAAGCCCUGACUUCAGCUCACCAGCUGGAAUCUUUAAAAGAAACUAUAAGCAAGAUGAGAUCAGAAAUGGUGUCACUGAAACAGGAUAAUGAUAGAUUGCAUAGAUUAGUGUCAUCCAAAUCUUUAAAUUCGUCUCAAAGUUCACUUCCUGUGUCGGACUCAAUAGAGCAAAGACUAAGCCUAGGUGAAGAAAUGAACAUGCCUGAUUCAUCAGAUGUGAUUCUAAUUGACCCAAGUGAUAAAGAUGGGAAAAGAGUUAGUAUCACAGUCCUUAUGGGGUGUCAUGGUGAUUAUGAGAAAUAUAUGAACCCAGUAGAUGGUGUGACUGUUGGUGAUUGUGUUAUAGGUGCUAUUUCUGUAAGUGGAAAGACAAAGUGGGAUAUGUUAGACAGUUUAGUGAAACGGAUUUUCAAGGAAUAUAUCUUGAGAGUUGAUCCAGUGUCAAAUCUUGGACUUAGUGCAGAAUCUAUACUCUCAUAUCACAUUGGUGAAAUUGCCCGAGGGCGUCAUCCAGAAUCGCCUGAACUAUUACCGUGUGGAUAUUUAGUGGGUGAAGUGACAAACAUUAAAAUUAUACUGAAGGGGGCUACAAUUAAUCAUGUUGAUGCUUUGGCCUUUGAGACACUGAUACCCAAGUCAAUUGUUCAGAGAUAUAUGUCUCUCCUCACAGAACACAGGAGAAUUAUUCUUUGUGGUCCCUCAGGCACUGGAAAAACAUAUUUAGCUCAAAAACUAGCAGAAUACCUGGUUACCCGAAUGGGAAAAGAUCCAUCACCAGGAUUUAUUGCAUCCUUCAAUGUCGACCACAAGACUGGGAAGGACUUGGGAGCGUAUUUAUCGCACGUCAGUGACCAGUGUGAAAGCAACAGUGCUGAUCUACCUUUGGUUAUAAUACUGGACAACUUGCACCAUGCAGGAGCCUUAACUGAUGUCUUCAAUGGCUUUCUGAGUGCAAAAUACACUCAGUGCCCAUAUAUAAUUGGUACCAUGAAUCAAACUACAUCUUGCUCAACUACAAAUUUGCAGCUUCAUCAUAAUUUCCGGUGGGUGCUAAUGGCCAACCACAUGGAGCCAGUCAAAGGCUUGGUUGGUCGUGUGGCUAGGAGAAGAUUAACUCAAGUCGAGGUUGAGGCAGGAUCCAGACUACCCAGGUUGCAACAGGUCCUUGACUGGCUACCUAGGUGCUGGAGUCACAUAAACAAGUUCCUCGAGACUCAUUCAUCUUCAGAUGUCACCAUUGGGCCUCGCCUCUUCCUGUCUUGCCCAGGCUCUCUAGAAGGUUCUCAAGUUUGGUUUACAGAUCUGUGGAACUAUUCCCUGGUGCCCUACUUAAUUGAAGCCGUAAGAGAAGGACUCCAGCUAUAUGGGAAGAGAGCUACAUGGGAGGACCCCAGCACUUGGAUCACAGAGACCUACCCAUGGCCCCCCGGAACCCACGCAGGUCCACAAGCUUUAUUGUCCCUUCGGCCUGAAGAUGUAGGAUAUGACGCACUUGCACCAACUGUUACUACGACAACCCAGGACAAGUUCAAGAGUGACAACCAAGGAGAAAAUGACCCACUGUUGAGCAUGCUCAUGAGACUUCAAGAAGCUGCAAAUUAUUCAAGCCCUCAACAGGACUCUGACACCACAUCACUUGACAACAUGGAAAAUCCCCUUGAGUCUACAAUCUGAGAAAAGUCGACUGUUGAUGUGUAAAUGUGGAAUGGAUGUCUAAAGAAUAUUAACAUUAUGAAUCAAUACAGAUUUGAGCAAAUUCAUACAUUAUAAUUAUUAUUAUUAUUAUUAUUAUUAUUAUUUUAAUCAAAAGGAGUUGAUUAACAGCAAGAGUGACAAGUCACGGGUAAUUUUAGGGAUCUAGUCAAGCCUAGUAGUAGUAGUAGUAAUAGUUUGCUGAUGGGAAUGCAUAUGAUUGUGCUGUAAGCAUAUGCUUAUGAUCAAUUUUUUUAAAAUGAAACAUCUGAUCAAAAUCAGAACAAAAAUUGUUUUUAUUGCAAAGUAUGUCGUAGCACAUUCAUGGAAUACAGUACAGUAUAAGAGGGUCAAUGUAGAGUCAAUUUUUGUCCUUUAUAUUGUCAAUGUUUAACUUCUCAUAACAAGCUCUAUGAAAAUUGAGUAAACGCUUCUCUACUACAAUGUAGUUUAUGAUAGCCAGCAGCAUUUGCUACUUCUGUCCACUCGUUUUGAGUAUAGAGCAUGGCAUGGUUCCUACUCUGUACAUUGUUGGCAUCUGUGUGUGUGUGUGUCGGGUACCUGGAUGGUGAGGCCAUUGUGAUUGCAUCAGGCUCACUCUCCCCCUUCACUACUCAUAUUCUUGUAUGAAUUUAAGGUAGCUCAAAUUUUUGUUUUUGUUUUUCAAACCUUUGUGCUCAUGUUUAUAAUAUAUAUAUGCUGUCCUGUUGGACAUUUUAUUUUAGAUUUGAUACAUUUUUUCAGAACUCUAUAUUACAUUUUAUGCACAAAUAUAUUUGUGGAGGAAUAGAAAGAACUUCCAUGUAAAGGUUCUUCCAUUUUUUUUAAUAAUAGGAUGUAAAUACUUAUGGGUAGGUCAAGUCGGGUGAAAGCUUUAAUGUGGUGUAAAUAUGUAUUACUUGUAGUAGAUUCAUGUUCUUGAUUGCUUAAUAAUGACAUGAAGCUUCUGCAGAUAGCAUUUGGAGCCUGAAUGACAAUAUUAAAUAAUUGCUCCAGAGCAUCCAAUCUCAUGUUUGGUUUCUAACAAGGUGUAUAGAGAUCUCUGUAAAUGUUAAUUUUAAACCAAAGCCAAGCAUACCAGUGUCCUUAGCUUCUGUGCCUGAGAGCUAAGAUAGCAGUAGCAGCAGUUAUUGUUGCUCCGAGGCAUGUGGAUAUAAAGUACUCUAUUUUUCCUUUUAUUUUCUCUUCAAGCUCUUGAAAUUGUGGCUUAAUAUUUUUUUAGCUUUAAAUGCCCAAAGUUGCCAAAUUCUAUAUUGUUACUGCCUUUCUCUUUCUUAAAAUGUAUAUAUUGUAUAUAUUUGGUAUGUGGAGUCUUAACUUGUUGUCUCGAGACAGUUGUGUGUACGUUGCGGUAUACAAAAUUGAAUGGACCACAUGUAUGUUGUCAAGAAUGUAUAAUUUGAUAAAGAUUUGAUGGGGGUAUCAUGGGAAAUUUGUGACAUCAACAACAAUUUCUAAAGAUUUAUGAUAGCUGAUGAGUGAUUCCCGCUUUAGUGAUAAAAACAUGUACAGUAAUUGGUGUUUACAUCACAAUGCCCAUGAUAGAAUCCACCAUAUGCAGGGAUUCAACAUUCAUCUUACCACCAUACUUUACUUUUGUUAAAUGUACAUGGAGACGGAGGCCACAAUACCCUCAUUUCCAUUUUUAUACAUAAAAUAGCAUUUUUAAAUAUAUUUCUUUGAAAA